GCCCAGCUCAGCCGCCAGGUCAGCGCAGAACCAUACACAUCCAUGGCAUCAGAGUCAACCGAAGCACCCCUUGGUGACGAAGUCCCACCUGUGGCCCUCACGCCCGUAUCCCCAAACAAGCUCUCACUGAAGAUCAUUGACCCAUCCAGGAAGAAGCUGGUGUCUCCAGAACCGCAGCGGAUUAUAGGGGUUCUGGACGAGUGCAUCCAUAAAAUGAAGCUGGUGGCCCUCCUGCCCUCUGAGCUGACCCAUCCUGAGAGCCUCUCUGUGAGCCUGGGAGAAAAGACUGUCAGGUCCCUCACUGAGCACUUGCGUGUGGUGAAGAAACACGGGGCCCUGAAUGUGGACACGGAGGAGACAGAACAGGAAGCGACCACCAAAGUGGUGCAGAAUUCACUGCUGAACCUUUUGCGGCUGCUGAGGGCUUGUCCUACUGCGGAGGCGGGGCUUAAAAGGGCGGGGCCAAUUACAGAAGACCGGAAAGGGGUGCACGAGCUGGUGGCAGGGUUACAGGAACUCAGGGCUGUCGUCUUGGAGAGGCUCCUGACCACAGCUUCAGAGGAGAGGGAACGCAGCCGGCACAUUCAGGAAGUCAGCAUGCGUCACCGUAGCAACCUAGAGGUGGUCGGCACACUUGAAAAGGAAGUUGCGGCAGCAAUAAAAGACAGGGAUGAGGAGAUCAGCAAGCAGAACGAGGCGAUUCGUCGGCUGAAGGGUUCUGUGUACCAGAUGGAGAAGACUUCAGAGGAUUUUGUGGCACGGACACAGCAGGAAGCUCAGAGGCAGAACGAGUCGGAUCAGAAAACCUCAGAGGGGAAACAGACACACCUCCAGCAGGAGGCCAAUCAACUGCGAGUGCAACUAAACAACCUGAUCACGGAGCACAAAGAAGCAGAGCUGGCACUGCGCAAGAAAAAAUACAAACUGGAGACCGAGAUCGAAAACUGGAUUCAGAAAUAUGACACAGAUAUGGGAGAAAAGCAGACGGAGCUGGAGGAGAUGACAGUGAUCUAUGAAGAGGAGAAGGCCGAGCUGAGGGACCUGCAGGAGCACUAUGCUGUUCUAGAGCUGGAAUAUUCGCAGAUCAUGGAGGAACGCAGGAUAGCGCAGGAGCAGAGAGAGGAGGAGGAGAAGGAGAGAGAAGUGAAGAGUCAAGCAGCCGUCAUCAUCCAGGCCUUCUGGAGAGGAUACUGUGUUCGCAAGGUCAUGAAGGCCAAGACGAAGAGCAAGAGCAAGAAGGCAAAGAAGGGGAAAGGGAAGAAAGGAAAAUGAGUCAGAGUGUAUAAACAACUGUGAAAAACAUACUAAAUAACUACUGUGUGCACUUACAGAGUUCUGACCUACACGUAAAUAAAUAAAACUGAACUUGUGGUGCAUUAAAAUGUUAAGCUAAUUAUUUAGCAGGGGUACUGCAGUACUGACCGAGUCUUUGUUUUGUCAGCCUACAGGCCACAGUUUAAAUCUACACUAUGGCCCAAUCCUAUUUCUUAUUUGUACCCCUAGCCCUUGUUUUCGAGGGUCUCCUUGCCCC